AUGCGGGCUCCUCAGUUGCUGUUGCUGCUGCUCGCCCUGCUGCCGCUCGCCCUGCUGCCGGCUGCAGGCUCAGUCCCCGUCCUCUGCUUCACCCACUAUGAGGAAUCCUCCGGCAUAUGCAAGGGCCUCCUGGGGGGAGGUGUCAGUGUGGAAGACUGCUGUCUCAACCCUGCCUAUGGCUUCCAGGAGCCUGGCAGCAAGCUUUGUCAGGCAUGCAGGCCCCCACAAUGGUCCCCGUGGUCUGCGUGGGCCCCCUGCUCAGUGACCUGCACUGAGGGAUCCCAGUUGCGGCACCGGCGCUGCAUAGGCCAUGGUGGGCAGUGUGCCGAGAAGGUGGAGCCCGGGAUCCUUGAGUGGCAGCUGCAGGCCUGUGAGGACCAGCCGUGCUGUCCUGAGAUGGGUGGCUGGUCUCACUGGGAGCCCUGGAUGCCUUGCUCUGUCACCUGUUCCAAAGGGAUCCGGACCCAUCAGCGAACAUGUAAUCAACCCACCCCCAAGUGUGGGGGCCACUGCCCAGGAAAGCCACAGGAGUCUGAGGCCUGUGACACCCAGCAGGUCUGCCCCAUACAUGGGGCCUGGGCCGCUUGGGGUCCCUGGGGCCACUGCUCGGGGUCCUGCCACGGUGGACCCAGCGCACCUACCCAGAGACGAAGCCGCACGUGUUCUGCACCUGAGCCCUCCAAGAAGCCUCCUGGGAAGCCGUGCCCAGGGCUGAACCACGAAACCCGGCCCUGCUCUGGCCUGCCACCCUGCCCAGUGGCUGGGGGCUGGGGGGCAUGGGGUCCUGUGACCCCCUGCUCUGUGACCUGUGGCCUGGGGCAGACCCUGGAAAGACGGAAGUGUGAUCACCCUGUGCCCCAGCAUGGGGGCCCCCCCUGUGCUGGUGAGGCCACCCGGACCCACAUCUGCAACACAGCUGUGCCCUGCCCUGUGGAUGGAGAGUGGGGGUCCUGGGAGGAGUGGAGCCCCUGCAUCCGUCGGAACAUAAACGAUAUCAACUGUAAGGAGAUCCCGGGCCAGCAGACACGCUCGAGGAGCUGCAAGGGCCGCAAGUUUGAUGGACGGCGGUGCCUCGGGCAACAACAAAUUAUCCGUCACUGCUAUAACAUCCAGCAAUGUAGCUGGAAAGGCUCAUGGUCGGAGUGGAGUUCCUGGGGGCUAUGCAUGCCCCCAUGUGGACCCAACCCCGUCCGCACCCGCCAGCGCCUCUGCACGGCCCAGCUCCCCAACUUCCCGCCCACCAUUACCGUGGUCGAAGGUCAGGGUGAGAAGAACGUGACCUUCUGGGGAAAACCAUCAGCACGGUGCGAGAUGCUGCAGGGGCAUAAUACGGUGGUGGAGGAGAAACGGCCAUGUCUACACGUGCCUGUCUGCCAAGACCCUAAGGAUGCGCAGCCCUAACACCGCCCUCUCCCACUCUGACCCCCUGCCCUCCCAGA